GAAAGACUGAAUCAUAAGUCACUAGAAGGAACACAGCUCAUGUGCGCGCUCUGCUCACACCUGCCUGCAGCCUGUAGCUCCACUGAUCCACGGCUGGAUUUUCCUUUUAAAAAAACCGCUGAAGUUGUUGCGCACAUUUCAUUUUGUAUUAUUAUUAUUAUUAUUAUUAUUUAUUCCCCCCUUCAGUGUCGCGCGUGAUCAGACAGAGCGCAACUUAGUCCAAGAGAAAGUGUGAGGCGCAUCUCAAGUUUUUGGAGCGCGCAGAUGGCAGCCCUCAUCAGCGCGUACUCGUCGUGGCCGGAGUCCUUCGAGUGUCCUCCCGGAGACGUGGACGUGACCGACGUUCAUGGUCCGCACAGGAACCCCGCGGACAAGACGCCGGAGCCGCGGAUCAGGCGGCCAAUGAACGCGUUCAUGGUCUGGGCCAAAGAUGAGCGCAAACGGCUGGCGGUGCAAAAUCCGGACCUGCACAACGCAGAGCUCAGCAAAAUGUUGGGGAAAUCAUGGAAGGCCUUGACUCCCACACAGAAGAGGCCCUACGUGGAGGAAGCAGAGAGGCUCCGGGUUCAGCACAUGCAGGACUACCCUAACUACAAGUAUCGGCCUCGCCGGAAGAAGCAGCUGAAGCGCAUCUGCAAGCGAGUGGACCCCGCAUUCCUCCUGAGUGGACUGGCCCCCGAUCAGAACACGCUGCCUGAGCAGCGAGUCCUCUGUCACCCCCCUGACAAAGACGAGACUAGCCCUAAUUGUGUCAACAGCGGGUUUUCCAGUCCCAGCCCGGCUCUGCCCAGCGUCAGAAGCUUCAGAGACCCUGCGGGUUCCAACAGCAGCUUCGACACCUACCCCUACGGUCUGCCCACUCCUCCUGAGAUGUCCCCCUUAGAUGCCAUGGACCACGAGCACGUACCCCCCUCCUACUACUCAGCGUCUGGCAGCUCUUGUCCAGACGAGCACCAUCAGAACCAGACACACAUUGGCAGCCCGCCCCCUUACCACACUGACUACACCCAAAUCCACUGUGGAGGCACACACAUAGCUCACAUCUCUCACAUGUCCCAAACUGGAGGCGGCACUGGACUGAUCCCCGGCCCUCCGCUGUCAUACUACAGUACCUCGUCCUUCCCCCAGAUUCACCACGGGCUUCACCAGGGUCAUAUGGGUCAGCUGUCCCCCCCACCAGAGACACACGGCCACCUGGAGACUCUAGACCAGCUGAGCCAGGCUGAGCUGCUGGGAGAGGUGGACCGCAAUGAGUUUGAUCAGUACCUGAACUCUACAGGGGCCGGGUACCACCCGGAGCAGGGCGGCGGCGGUGGCGGCAUGACUGUGACUGGACACAUCCAGGUGGCUUCAGCCGCCACAGUGUCUGCCACCGUGUGUCCCAGUAGCAGCACAGAAACCAGCCUCAUUUCUGUGCUGGCUGACGCGACAGCGGCCUACUACAACAACUACGGCAUCUCAUAAGCUAAGUUCAGACACUACAGCCAUAAAAAUGGGUGAAGACACUUGGGGAUAACGUUGCACUUGGCCGCUGAUACGGGGACCGAUCUCAUUAUUAGCAUCUAUCGGCAACUUUAUCCCACCAUGAUUAAAAAAAACAAAAAACUGAUUACUGAGCAAUAUGAUUGUCUGGAGCCGAGGACAGAGCAAAGAUCAAUUGGAGGAACAUGAAGAAAGGGAGAUGGACACCUCAGGGAUGCAGACUCAAACUAAAGUAUGCCACCUCCAGUUGUUGUGAAGUUUCCAAACCAGAUGAACAAUCGUGAAAAAAAAAUAAAAUAGAAAGACUUGUCGUCCACUUGUAAAUGUCACCACUUAACUGUUGCCACUGUUGUACAGAUGCUCUCGAUGCUAAUUUAAGUCCUUUGAUGUUUCACACUAAAAUGCUAACUGUAAUGCUUAUUAUCGACACUUUCCACUCGAAUGUUUGUAUUGUUAUUAUUAUGUUCUCACUCCCACUAGUUUGGGAGUCUUACCUCAGUAGUUGUAAUUGAAUGAGGUCGUAGUUGGACAUUUCUUAUGCAAUUUAACAUCGUGUAUUAUGACGAGAAAAAAAAAGACGUUUAUACUUCUUCUCCAGUACUUAAUAAUAUAUAUAUAUAUAUAUAAUCAUAACCUCUAGGAUGAAAAAUAAUAAUGGUAACUAAAAGUGUAUGCUGAUUUAGGUUUGUGACGGACAAUAAUUUAAAAAUAAAGGUCAAAUUUUUUAUAUUA